AGCAGCACCAGCAGUCUGAACCGAAGCCUCCAGAGUGGAAGAGUUCAGUGUAUCCGAGUUUAACAGUCGAACACAGACAUUUAUACUUCUACACGGAGUCGCCCGACAGAGCAGCUCCGCAGAAGUGCCGGAAGGACGAGGGCAGAGGGCGAUGGCGAGCGCUUCACCUGCAGCGGCGUGAGAGCUCCUGGACUGUGGCUGCCAGGCUGCAGCGAUGUUCUUUGAGGCGAGGCUUCCUCCCCGGUUGUCUGUGACGUCGUCUUCCCUCUCACCAUGCUGGACGAUCCCAUCGCCUCCAUCGUCUACAUCAUCCUGGAGCUGCUGAUAGCGGUCUUCUCCGUGCUUGGCAAUGUGCUGGUCUGCUGGGCCGUGGCCCUCAACAGCAACCUGCAGAACAUCACCAACUUCUUUGUGGUGUCGCUGGCGGUGGCGGACAUCGCCGUGGGCGUCCUGGCGAUUCCCUUCUCCAUCGCCAUCAGCACUGGCUUCUGCUCCGACUUCUACGGGUGUUUGUUCAUCGCCUGCUUUGUGAUGAUUCUCACCCAGAGCUCCAUCUUCAGCCUGCUGGCCAUUGCCAUGGACCGAUACAUCGCCAUCAAGUUACCGCUCAGGUACGGCAGUUUGGUGACUGGCCAGCGGGCGAAAGGCAUCAUCGCCAUCUGCUGGAUUUUCUCCAUCAUCAUCGGUCUGAUCCCCAUGAUGGGAUGGCACAAACCCAUCAGUAGUGAGGCCAAGAACUGCAGCCGGGGACUGGUGAAGUGCAUGUUUGAGAACGUGAUGGUGAUGGACUACAUGGUCUACUUGAACUUCUUCGCCUGCGUCCUGAUCCCCCUGUUGCUGAUGCUGGCCAUCUACCUGUGCAUCUUCAUGGUGGCGCGUCAGCAGCUCAAGCUGAUGGAGAUGAAGGUGCUGGGCGGGGAGAAGUCGCGCUCCACCCUGCAGAAAGAGAUCCAAGCCGCCAAAUCGCUGGCCAUCAUCGUGGGGCUCUUCGCCGUCUGUUGGCUGCCUCUGCACAUCAUCAACUGCUUCACCCUCUUCUGCACGGACUGCGACCGUCCUCCUCUGUGGGUGAUGAACAUCGCCAUCCUCCUCUCGCACGGCAACUCCGUGGUCAACCCCUUCAUCUACGCCUACCGCAUCCGGGAGUUCAGAAGGACCUUCCAGAGGAUCAUCCAGCGUCGCAUUCUGGGCCGGCUGGAGGAGCUGGACGGCGCCAGCAUGGCCACCUCCACCUACAACAGCGUGACGGACUCCGUCCGGCUGCACACCAACCACCUCACCUUGGAUGUUUUCACUGAGCGCAACGGCAGCAGCAGCAGCAUCAGCUGUGAGAGCAGCGAGCAGCGCUGCCCAGUGGGGAGCAGACUGGUGGCCAUGUCCCAAGCUCCUCUGUCCGUGGUCAUCUGUCACUGUCCCGCCGCCGUUUCACUGAAGCCCAUCAGGAGCUCUCGACUCCCUGACUGCCAACCGCCGUCACACUCGGGGGAGGAGAGCGAGGGGCAGAAUCUAAGGUCUUCGCAGCUGGCCAUGCUGUUCCUCAACCAAAAGUGCUGCUCGAGUGAGCUGGUCAAAGUGUCCUGACACAUUCUGAAGAUGAAGGAGAGGCAUGUCCUCCAGACUCAGACUCAUGUGGCCUGUCCAGCAGCUGGAAGAGGGAGAACUGAAUCAUGACACCUCUUGGUUUCCAGACGACAAAGCCGGAUCCACAGAGAGGCUUCAUUUUGAAGUCCACACUGAGCUGAAGUUGGCUCCAUCUAGGGUUCAUCUCAGGUCAUUUCCUGGUUGAAGUGUUUAAACCCAGGAGCAAACUGAAGGUCAACACCCUUUCCCUUGUAAACACAAACAAACCAUGUCAGUUCUAACAUUAUUCUUACACAGUUUCUCGCCAGUGAGGGAAGAACCGGUCGCGCCGUCACGUCUCCUCACGCCUAAGGAGCAGUUGCUUCCUCUGAUGUUCUCUCUCCUCCAACACUGGUUAGUCGUCAGUCCUGGAACAGCCACAAACACUGUUUAUCGUCUGUUGUGUACUGGAGGAUGUUGUGGUUUACGACGGAAAAAAUGGUCCAAAAAUAAAUAAUAAACUGUUGAACUUUGAGCUGUCAAAUGUGUUAUGUAUCUAUCAGCAUGUAAGUGGUUGAAGAUGUUUAUUUUCUGUCAUGUUUUCUGGUGGAAAAAUCCACAGUAUCGUGUGAGGGAUACAAAUCUGCUCGAGGGCUUGAUGCGUUGCAGUGCAGUAUGGGUCGGCUUUAAUAGUAGAAGCAAGAAAAUGAAAGGCUUGUUGAGAACUCCAAGCAGUUGUGUGAUGAAAAAGCGUUUUAAUUUCAGAAUUGAUCAGAAAUGCACUGUGUUUACACAGUGAUGCCUGAGCCGAAAACUGUUAUUGAACCAUUCAUUCCCCACAACGUUUGUCUCAGAUGGUCGUAAAGCUCUCUCUUUUGAAGUGUUUCACCAUAGCAACGGAUAACCAACACACACACACGCUUUCUGGAUGCUCUCUGAACACUGAGAGCUGAAAUGUUUUCGAGUUCUUCAAGGACUCUCAAUGAAGAUGAGCACCGGUGCUGGAUGCAUUUGUUUUCAUACUUGAAAAUGUCAAA